UGUUGGUAUGUUCCGGGACAAAGGUCGCGAGCUCUAAAACAACAUGGCGGCCUCGGUGUUUCUGAGGGAGAAACUUUUCAGAUCUUCAAAAACUCAGAAGUCAUGGAUCCACAGCUCGGUGUUCCUUCCCCAGGCCGGACCCCCCCCCCCAGGCCCGGUUCUUCCCUCCGUCUGAAAGCGCCAUGCUGCCCACAGGAAGCUUCAACAACAGAGUGGCCUUCAUCACCGGGGGGGGCACAGGGCUGGGCAGGGCCAUGACCACAACGCUGUCCCAGCUGGGGGCCCAGUGCGUCAUCGCCAGCAGGAAGCUAGAUGUUCUACAGCAAACAGCCGAGGAGAUCAGCAGCCAGACCGGGAACAAGGUCCACGCGGUGCAGUGUGACGUGAAAGACCCGGACGCCGUCGCUCAGUGUAUGGACCGGGUCGAGGCUCUGACGGGACUUCCUGAUGUGAUCAUCAACAACGCGGCAGGGAACUUUGUCUGUCCGUCAGAACGACUGACGCCAAACGGCUGGAAGAGCAUCACCGACAUUGUGCUGAACGGGACCGCCUUUGUGACCCUGGAGCUGGGCCGGAGGCUGAUCCAGAACCAGAAAGGCGCGUCCUUCCUGGCCAUCACCACCAUCUACGCAGAGUCUGGCUCUGGCUUCGUGGCUCCCAGUGCGUCGGCGAAGGCUGGAGUCGAGGCGCUCUACAAAUCUCUGGCGGCCGAGUGGGGUCGCUAUGGCCACCGGUUCAACAUCAUCCAGCCCGGACCAAUCAGAACCAAGGGGGCCUUUAGCCGUCUGGACCCGACUGGAGCCUUUGAAAAGGCGAUGAUCGGUCGGAUCCCAACGGGUCGCCUCGGGAUGCCCGGAGAGAUCGCUAACUUGGCGGCGUACAUGAGCAGCGACUUCGCUACCUGGAUGUCCGGAGCUGUGAUCCGGCUGGACGGGGGGGAAUACGUGUCGAUGGCUGGGGAGUUUAACGAGCUGCGGCGGGUGACCCCGGAGCAGUGGAAGAUGAUGGAGGCAAUGAUCAGAGGCACCAAAGGAUCCUAAACACUGCGACCAAUCAGAGCGCAGAGUUCCUGCAGAUGUCAUCAAUAUGAAACGAUAUUUUGAUCCGAUUGAUUUUAGCUUGUAGCAGUCAUGUGACUUACUGCCCAUGCUCAUUGAACACUUAUGAAACAAAUGAAACGCUUGCGUUUAUUCAGUGUUAGAUACCUUUUACAGUGUAUACUGCCCCACACACACACACACACACACACACACACAGUUCACUAAGCAUUUACUAACACCUGUGCUAUUGUUUGUUCAUCUGCUUCCAGUUGUAAAUUGCACCGGUCUCUAUGCAUAAUAAUAAUAAAAGGUUUUGGCAGUUUUACUGUUA